AUGUCUCAGCUCUCUGCGUCCCGAUUAUUUGCCAUUGUUAGUGGUACCAUCAUUGCUGGUGCCACAGGUUAUGCUCUGUACUUUGAUUAUCAGAGAAGACAUAGCCCACAGUUUAGAAAACAAUUGAAGCGUAACCUAAAGAAGCAGAAAGCACUAGAAACUGCAGCUCAUGAAGAAGCUAAACAAGCUAGAUUGGCUGAGGUUGGCGAAUACUUGACCAUGGAAUUGAUGAAGGAGCCUAUUCCACAAGACUCUUCUGAUAGGCAGGAUAGCUUCAAAACAAACGUUGAAGAGGGUGAAAUGUUGGCCAAAAUGCCAGGAAAUGAGCUUGAAUCGGCUUUGAAGUUUUACAGAGCUUUGGCAGUUUAUCCAAGUCCUGCUGAGUUAUUGGGGAUUUACCAGAGAUCUAUUCCAGAAGCUGUGUACGAAUACAUUGUUUUAAUGAUUGCUAUUCUCCCCCCAACUAACGUUUCAUCGUUCUUGAGCGGUACUUCUCCAGGAUCCGCAGCAGCAGCAGCAGCGGCAGUGGCGGCAGGCCAUACCAACUCUGAAGCUGUAGGAAUUGAUGAAUAA